CUGCUUGAGCAGCUGCCUGACACCAAGGGUCAGGGAGUGUGCUGGGCAGAAAUUUAAAUUCCUCGCUUUAAACAUACACUUUAUAACUAUUUCAAUUUCCUUUCUUUAUCUUAAGCUUUUAUUUAGCCUUUUUUUUAACUUGUUAAAUUAUUUCUCGCGCUUCUGAAAGCCUGUAUAAAAGACCCGAAGAUGAUUGAGACGGUGAGUGGUGCAGAAGGUCUGCCUUUUGUGCUCCAGCUGAAAGCUCUUCUAGAGCAGGAGGUCCGGUGUCAACCUAAACUGUGUGGCCUCCGUGUCCUGGAGUCGGCCCAUGACAACGGUAUGAGGAUGACCUCGAAGAUGAGGGACUUUGAGGUGAAAGAUCUUCUUUCUCUGACUUGCUUUUUUGGGUUCGGCGCUGAGACGUUCGCCCUCGCUGUGAGCCUCCUGGAUCGCUUUUUGUCUGCGAUGAAGAUCCAGCCCAAGCACCUGUCCUGUGUUGGCCUUUGCUGCUUCUACAUUGCUGUGAAGACCUCAGAAGAGGAGAAAAACGUCCCUCUGGCUAGCGAUCUGAUCCGAAUCAGCCAGAACCGCUUCACUGUUUCGGACAUGAUGAGGAUGGAGAAGAUAAUUCUGGAAAAGCUCUACUGGAAGGUUAAAGGUCCAACAGCACUGCAUUUUGUCCGACUGUUUCACAGCUACAUACAGGAGAAAGUGGAUGCUGACAGUAAAAAGAUACUUAUGGAGAGGCUUGAGGCUCAGCUGAAGGCCUGCCAUUGCUCCUUUGCAUUCACAAAGCUAAGGCCUUCAUUGGUGGCGCUGGCUCUGCUAGCUCUUGAGGUCGAGGAACAGCACGAGUCCGAGGCAGUACAAGCUCUGAGAGAUGCAGUGAAGGAUCUUCAGCACCAGCUGACAAUUAAAGAUGGGGACCUGGUGUGUGUGAGGGAGCUCAUCUCUAAGUGCCUGACUGAUUAUUCUUCCACCAAGAGCUGGAAGCCCAACAGCCAGAGACUGCGCUGGAUCAUCUCAGGUCGAACAGCUCGACAGCUGAAGCACAGUUACUACAAGAUCGCUCAUUUACCCACAAUCCCUGAAUCUGCUUUUUAAAAUCUGCAGUGUGGCUUUUUUUUUUUCCUUUUUCUCCAUUUUCUUUAAUUUCUGACUAAAUGUACUGUCUUGAUAUUGGCUUCUAGACAGAAUGUCUGUAUCAAGUGUGAAGAUCUGUAAAGAAACUUUUUUUUUUUUUCCUAUGAGCUUGCAAAUAUUUGACUUUGGGGAAACUCUAGUCAAGUUUUUUUGAUGGCCCUCAGCCAGAGAAGGUUGUAACUCCGUGGUUUGACCGGCUCAAGGGUGUCUACGUGGCCUGCUCAUUUAAAUCGGUGCCUGAUUGCGCCGGUUGUUUAAAGCAGUUGAAAGUAUUGAACCGCCUAGGUCCUCAGUCCACUAUGUGGAAGAGGAGGGAGAAGGGUUUUGUGAUUAAACGAACAUCAGAGGAACCAAGAAAUCGGCCCAAAGCCCUUAACUCCCACCCUAGGUUGUUGCUGUCCUCUAGCACACUCCUGCCCAAGGUGAUUAUAUAGAAGUUCCUUUUUUCUUUUUAACUGCUGUUUUGUUCAGCAGCGGUUAGUUAACGUGAUCCGUCACUGAACGCUAAAACGACUGACCUUUUUGAUUUUGUAGGUCAGGGUUUAAAAUUAAACUACAUGUAUGGGGUCUAAUGGCUAAAAUUGUUAAUCAGGACAAAAGUCGUUGUUUUCUCAAGGGUACUAACAGACAAUUGAGUUGAUUUAAAUGUGUAAUUUGAUUUAACCAAAUUAAUGAGUGGUACCCUGAAUGUGGACCUUUCAAUAAAAGACUUAUUGAAAUGCUAA